ACGACUAGUCAUUAUCAUAUGCUACUCUCUCGGAGAUACCAACAUCUAGGCAGCAAGAGAGCAUGAUUUAAAAAGUCAAGUCUUUUUGUGUCGGCUUGGAGUAUUUAGUACUUCAACACGGGGAGAGAUUUAUUCCGAGGCCACCAUGACGGACAUCACACUUGAUCAAAAGGAACCCGACCAGGAGGAGAACGCUGUCGGUGCUGUACGUAAUCCAAACGAACGUCCUGAAUGCUUUUCAAGCACUUCCCAAGAAUGUCUCUUCGUUCUCACCUCGACUAUGGCCAUCGGCAUGACGUCUUUCUUUCAAGGCGCUAUUAUUGUCGUUUUGGCUGAAAUCAGCAGGGAUCUGAACAUGGAUUCUGCCGAGACGACGUGGACUACUGCGGGUGUUGCACUGAGUAGUGGUACCUUUCUGCUACCCUUUGGAAAAGUGGCAGAUAUGUUUGGCCGCAGGACCCUUUUCAUCGCGAGCAUGAUAGGAUUCACCCUUACUCUACUAGUGAUUGGCUUUGCAACUUCAGCUCUGUACUUCGACAUAUUCUCAGGUGUAAUAGGGCUCUUUUGCGCCUCAUCUGUUCCUCCUGCUGUUGGCCUACUGGGGAUUGCCUAUGAAAAACCAUCUCCGAGGAAGAACAAAGCGUUUGCCUGCUUUAGUGCUGGUAAUCCUCUUGGCUACGUUGGAGGCAUGCUUGUCUCCGGAAUCGCUUCUCAGGUCUCUACCUGGCGAGCAUCUUUCUGGGCUCUAGCUGUCAUAUACGCAAUUUUCUCGAUUCUUAGCAUAGUUACUGUUCCAAAAGAUUCAUCACAAGCCAAGGCUCCAUUGACGUGGCAAAGCUUGUUAAAACUCGACCCUCUCGGCAUGCUACUCGCUGUUACCGGCAUAGCUCUUUUCUCAAGUUCUUUAUCACUCGCGGGAGAUGCGCCCCAAGGCUGGCGUACCCCAUAUGUCAUUGUUCUCCUUGUACUAGGUGUCUUGCUCAUUGGGGCUUUCCUCUACUGGCAAUCGAUCUAUUCCACACCCUUGAUGCCUCUCCACAUUUGGCGUGACCGAAACUUUUCCUUGUUGAUGGGCGCCCUUUCUCUUGGCUUUAUGGCAUUUGUCUCCGGCCAGUUUUGGAUGGCUCUGUACAUGCAACAAGUCCAGAACUACAGUGGCCUGGAGAUCACUGUUCGCUUAUUACCCAUGGUUGUGGGCGGUGUCCUGGUUAAUGUCGCCUGUGCACUGAUCCUCCAUCGAGUCAGUAACAAGCUUCUUAUGUUCGUCGCCACCGUGGCAUAUACGUUAUCUUUCCUGAUUGCCAGCUUUACGAAAGAAGAUAGCAUUUACUGGGGCUGCUAUUUUGUGCCUUUCGUUCUAAUGGUGGUUGGAGCGGAUAUUGAAUUCAACGUCGUGAAUAUGUAUGUCAUGUCCUCACUUCCACCGUCCGAGCAGUCCCUAGCAGGCGGCAUCUUCAAUACCGUCUCCAAAUUAGUCUCCAACGUCGGCCUUGGUAUAUCGACUGCUAUCUACAACGCCGUACGAGACGAAAGAAGUUCUUCUGUCAUUCGACCGUAUCUGGCAACUUACUGGUUUGCUACUGCUAUUGCAGGCGUUGCUAUAUUCCUAGUUUCGUUUCUCAAGCUCGGGACUCAAGGGGGCAAUGAUUCGAAAGAGCAGUCUGAUGAAGACCCAUCAUCAGAAGGAGUGAACAUAAAGACUGAACGGAUCAUGGAAUGCCUGUAUGAAACAACCUUGGAAGGCCUGUGGAUGCCUCGAUAUAUGCCCCCUACCUCGCCCCAGCCGGGAUUUCCGCGAGUUGAAAUCGUCAUGGGGCGUCUGAUCGUCAAGAAUGAAGACAGAGGUGUGCAGUCGUUUAUCGUUUGGUUGAAUGAUGGGAAUCGGAUGUGCAAGGGGGUCUAUGCUAGAGUCCUCCCCCGCCGAGCAGGUUCAAAACCCCUCGACCACAGUAUAACAAGCUUCCGUCAUGUCCGGCUCCCUAGCACUGCACUGCUCGGAGAUACGAACAAUAACCAAAACUUCCACUCCACUAUCCACCGCGUACACGUCGGGACCCUGGCCCUGUCCACGGUUCUGAUUCCCCAACUUCAACAUGCUGCAUAUGUUACAGGGAAAUAUAGUCUUCGUCGGCAUGUUACAGGUUCCAACGGCAUUGCCAAACCGGUCAUCUCAUUCCGGACACAACAAGCACCUAUUUUACACUGCCUUGCUCGGAGUAAGGUUUACAAAGCUUUCGCGAAGGAAUGUAUUCACGUUUUCAUGAAUAAAAACAUAGAGUACAGAGUGAGACAUGGAAUAGCAGCGACUUUCAAGGCCGUUGUGACACAUGCAAGUCAAAAAACGCUUUAUGCGCUGGCUGAGCGGUGUGGAGCGCAGGGCUUAUUUGAAUAUAACGGUGUUAUUGAGAGUCAGUUGACUGCGAGGGGAGUUUCUAUUGCGGAGGGGGAUAUGUUGGUUUUGACUAUCCGACUAGCGACGGAGUUACUCCUUAGACGAUACAGCCUGCCACCACCGAGAAACGCAUUUUGUCUUUUGGCGAGGUACGAACAUGGGGUUUUUGAGUGGAGUCGAAAAGAACUCAAUGGUAUUUCGAAUGGUCAUCAUAGUGAGGAGUAUAACACACGAAUCUUACCACAUUGUCAUUCUUUGGUUAGAGCAAUUGGGAAUAGACUAGCAUAUGAAGCUGCGUUGGAGGAGGGCGUGGAGAAGGAUCUCCUCGAUCUAUACGAGGCAGGGGUGUUACUGCAGUCACCAGCUCUGAGUCUCCAAGGCACUGGCAUCGAUUUGUGGAGAGAGAUCCAGAAGGAAAGACAGGCGAUGGAUGCCAUACUACCUAGGCUUGAGCACUUGUUGGAUGGUACUGGGGUGGAACCCUACAUCACAGCGCCCAUCCUUACGGAAGAGUCCUGGGUGGCGUUUGUAGACAGAUUACCUGGGUAUGGCGACAAGCUAUAUACUCGAGAUAUUGAUGGCGCAGAUUGUAGACUUUAA